AUGUUUCGAACAAAACCAUCCCAAAAUACAUCCAACCCAAAUCUACGAUCACAACAUAGAAAAGAUGAAUUAGAUAAUGUAGACGAUAAAUUAUCGAAAAAAAAUAGUAACAAGACAAGAAAAAGUUACGCUACAAAGAAGAAACAAAAACGUGAAUUUGAACCUUUAUCUUUAGGUAAAACUUACAUGAUUGUUCAUCUAUGUGCAGGUGAAAUAGCCAGAAGAGGUAAACCUUUACGAUUUAGAGAUGGAAAAGAUGAGGUCCGGUACCUUAUCAGUUGUCUUUUGGAAGACAAUCGUAGAGAAUUCGAAAAUGAAUUAUCAUAUCAAAAUAUACAUAAUGUAGUCGCCGGCAUACGAGUGGCAUUAAGAAAUUGUGAGCUUGAAAUCAUUACUUAUGAAAGUUAUCUACAAUUUAUUAAAUACGAACAAGAUUGGCAAUAUGAUUUAAAGGAGGGAUGCUUUAAUAAAUUCCUUUCAAACCUUUCACGAUUAAGUCGAGGAAUACUCGUAGAUUUGUUUGAUUUAUUUGCCAUGACAAUGGAGAAUUCUCACAACAACCGCAUGCAUCCAACACGAAUCCUAAAAUCCAUGUCCCCUUACAUUUUUAAUGAAUUACAAUCGAAAACUUAUGAAAAUUUUCAGUUGGCUUAUCAAGAUUGGUUAAAAUAUUCGAACGCGUUAACUCAUUUAUUCUUGGCCUAUCUUAGAGAAAAGGCGUGCUCGAUUGAAUUACCCGAAAGGUUACAUUUACUGUUAUCUGACUAUGUCGAACGUAGGAAAAAAUGUUUGACGAAUAGUAGCGUUAGUGAAAAUGGUGAAGAAGUGAUUUUUGGCGAACAUGCUUUACCCGAUAUUACCAUAGAUUUGGACGAAGCCAUUGAUUCCAUUGAUAAUAUUUCUAGUUUAGACAAUAAACAAUCAAGUGGGAUAAAUAAUGGUGGUACGGGCAAAAGGAUUUAUUUCACUGAUAAAAGAACUGCAAGAGUUAAAUGGGAUGGUUUACAAAAUAAAGGAUUAAAUAUAUUAUCCGAGGAAGCGUUAAAUUUAUUAUUUGCUUUUGAUGAUGAAGAAAUAAACCUUAAUUCUACCAUUAUCGAAAAAGGGAAAAGUGUAAUGGAUGAGGAACGACUUGAGGGUCAAAAACAAAUUGACCGGUUUGAUCUGCCGGAAUUACGCCCUUCCCUUCCUGAAAUGGAUUUUAAGAAUGAUGCAUCAAAUAAAAUCUUUAAUUUUAAUUUCAAUAGUGAAGAUGAAAUUCAAAUUGAGCCGAAUAAUUUUAGGAAGAAAGAAUUUCGUGAAUCAAUUGAUAACGAUUUGAAUAAGUUUAAGAGUAAGUUUAAUUUACCAAAUAAUGAUGGUGAUUCAACAAAAAUCAAGUUUAAUGAAACAUCAAAUGAAAGAAAAGAGAAGCCCUUACGUCGUCGGUAUUCAACUGAAUCGAUUCAUAUUAAUGAACGCAAGCAUGAAGAAAAGGAAUGGAUUUUGAUUGAACAACAUUCUGAUCUAAUGAUCGAUGGUAAAAAUAAAUUCCUUACAGAUCGGAAAAAAAUUAAAAAUAAAUCAAAUAGUGUCAAGCUUACAAAUCGUGUUUCGAAUAAAAUGAAUAAUUUCAAUUUACCUUGGACAAGAGGUUCGAAACGAAUUAAUAAAAAUUCGAAUCUUUCAAAUAUUUCAGAACUUCCUUCAUCCUUACAGCAAAUCAAUAAUGUCGCCGAAAAAGAUUCAAUUAUACCUCAACCACCUUAUCUAAAACGUUCAAACACUUCAUACAAACAGGUAGAAGAGUUCCCUAAUCAACCUAUUGGUAAUGAACAGGAAUAUACUCAACAAAGAGAAGAUCAAACUGAAAGAUAUCAAAUGCAAGGACGAAAACAAAAAUAUCCAAAAGAACAAUCAGAACAUAAAGCUAAUUAUAAAUCAAGUGAAGAGCAAUUUAACGAUAUAUCCGAUAGAUCACGACCAAUCCCUAAAGCACAAGAUUAUCACAUGAGUCAGGAUCUUAAGAAGCAAGGUAACCUAGAAUCGGAUGAUGAAAGCAAGGACCACAUGCAUACAUCACAACAUAAUAAUGGAAAGAAGUCUUCAGAGAAACGUACAACUACGAUAUCAGGUCAAAAAGUACGUGGUAAAGAUUUACCUUAUCCCGUUACUCCAAAAAAUGUUGGUCGUAACUCUUCAAUUACGAAUCAAAAUCCGUCUGGAGCUCGUGGUUGUCCAGCGCAAGGCCCUCAAAAUCCUAUACCCGAUUUACACAAGCAGCAACUUCAGGUACCGCAUAGGAUCGAACGAAAAAUUUCGGUUUCUGGAAUUCGUGGUAGUCCUCAAAAUCCUAUACCUGACAUGCCUGACGUACCCGACAGACAAAUUCCGAUUCCGGUUAAUCCCGACAGAAAACCCUCGAUGUCUGGAGUUCGUGGUAGUCCGGUGCAAGGCCCUCAAAAUCCUAUACCUGACAUACCUGACAUACCCGACAGACAAAUUCCGAUUCCGGUUAAUCCCGACAGAAAACUUUCGAUGUCUGGAGUUCGUGGUAGUCCAGUGCAAGGCCCUCAAAAUCCUCCCCCUAUACCUAACAUACCUGACAUACCCGACAGACAAAUCCCGAUUCCGGUUAAUUCCGGCAGAAAGAUUCCUGGGCCUGGAGGUCGUGGUAGACCGUUGCUAGUUCCUCCUAUUCUUAAUCCCAACAUACCCGUCAGACAAAUUCCGGUUAAUCCUGACAGAAAAUCAUCGGGAAAAAUUCAUCAUACUCCACCAAAUCAAUAUAUGCAACUACCCCCACAACCAACUCAGCAACAAAAACCAUAUCCGCUAUAUCCAAAACAAUAUCAACAACCUCAAAUAUAUCCACAACAAUAUUAUCAAAAUUAUCCACCUUCAAAAUAUCCUCGGCAAUAUCCAAGACCACCGCCACAACAAAAUUAUUACGACAUGAAAAUUACUGGACAAAUUACCUCUAAUAAUUUCAUAAGUCGAAGGCCAAUGAAUGCUCAAGUCGUUACAAAUCAAACUUCAAGGAACAUGCAAGUACCACCUGAAAACAUUGUUCAGUUUAACCGGCCGACACCGCAAGAAUAUUACUAUGAUAAUGUCAAUAGUUACGAUCAAGCGCAACCACAGCAUCAUUUAAAUCAAGAUGUUUAUUCUCAACGGUCACCGCAGCCAUAUUAUGGCGCAUUUCCAAUAGGUUCUCAAUAUCCUGAUGUACAACAACCUAAUUUAUAUAACAAGUUACGUCCUCAAUAUCCAAUGACAACUCCUUUGGACGUUUCUUUCGACAAUUAUAUUUGA